AUGGUUGAAGUCCCAGUCCACGAUCAAAAUAUGAGUAAGCUCAAAACCAUUAUUCACCGGAAUAAUGACGUUACAGCUGCCACUCUGCCACAUCACGGUGAUCGGGCAGCAUGCUCACGUAUCGACGGUUGUGCUCCUAUUUCGGUUUUCGACGGCAUGAACGGAAAUGUGAGAUUCAGUUUUAAUUUCUCGUUUUGUUGCUGUCACACUCCGAACUGCAACAAGGCGUUGGAUGGCGAGUUGGAAUCGAUCUACGCGGAAACUCGAAGAAAGAAAGACGUUACGGCGUCAUCCUCGUCACGC